UUAAGUAAAACUCUGAUGGCAACUUCAAAAUCCAGUUUCUGCUUCCUAGUUUUCUUGGUUAGCAAUGGAAUAACUCUCAGCUUUGGUGACAUAUGCCAGCCAAAAGAAGCUGCAUUAUUUGUAUUUGGAGAUUCAAUAUUUGAUGCUGGAAACAAUAAUUACAUCAAUACCACUGCCGAUAACUAUGCAAAUUUCUUUCCAUACGGGGAAACCUUCUUCAACUAUCCAACAGGCAGAUUUUCUGAUGGUCGUGUCAUUCCAGAUUUCUUAGCCGAGUAUGCUAAGUUGCCUCUAAUCCAACCCUAUCUGUUCCCUGGUAAUCAAAGAUAUGUUGAUGGAGUCAAUUUUGCAUCUGCAGGAGCCGGUGCUUUGGUUGAAACCCAUCAAGGACUGGUGAUAGAUCUUAAAACUCAACUAAGUUACUUCAAUAGAGUCUGCAAGGUGUUGAGGCAGGAAGUGGGAGAUGCAGAAACCACAAUCCUACUGGCCAAAGCUGUCUACUUGAUCAACAUCGGAAGCAAUGAUUAUGAAGUCUACCUCACACAAAAAUCUAGUGUCAUUACUCCAGACAAAUAUGUAAAUAUGGUAGUUGGUAAUCUUUCAACUGUGAUAAAGGGGAUACACAAGGCAGGAGGGAGGAAAUUCGGGGUUCUCAAUCAGCCAGCUAUGGGUUGUGUUCCAUUCGUUAAGGCUCUUAUGAAUGAAUCUAAAGGCUGCGUGGAAGAAGCUUCAGCACUAGCGCAACUGCAUAACAAGGUUCUUUCUGUGGAGCUUGACCAGUUAAAGAAACAACUAACAGAAUUUAAAUAUUCAUACGUGGAUUUCUUUGAUUUAUCACUAGACCUUAUAAGCAACCCUUCAAAACAUGGUUUUAAAGAAGGCGAUGUUGCAUGCUGUGGCAGCGGGCCUUACAAUGGAUAUUUCAGCUGUGGAGGGAAAGGAGCAGUGAAAGAUUACAACUUGUGUGAGAAUCCUAGCGAGUAUGUGUUCUUUGAUUCAGUUCAUCCCACUGAAAGGGCUGAUGAAAUUAUUUCCCAGUUCAUGUGGAGCGGCAACUCAAGCAUUGCAGGCCCUUACAAUCUCAAAACUCUAUUUCAGCUAAAAAUUGAAGUGAAACUCAUGGCAAGUUCAAAAUUCGGGUUCUGUUUUUUAGUUUUUCUGGCAAGCUAUGGCAUAAGUUGCUGCCUAAGCCUUGGUGAUGUUUGCGAGCCAAAAGAACACGCAGCAUUAUUUGUAUUUGGAGAUUCACUAUUUGACGUUGGAAACAACAAUUACAUAAAUACUACUGCUGAUAAUCAGGCAAAUUACUCUCCAUAUGGGGAAACCUUCUUCAAGUAUCCAACAGGCAGAUUUUCUGACGGUCGUGUUCUUCCAGAUUUCAUAGCUGAGUAUGCUAAGUUGCCUCUAAUCCCACCCUAUCUAUUCCCUGGUAAUCAUCGAUACGUUGAUGGAGUCAAUUUUGCAUCAGCUGGAGCUAGGGCUUUGGUUCAAACCCAUCAAGGACUGGUGAUAGAUCUAAAAACUCAGCUCAGUUAUUUCAGGAAAGUCAGCAAGGAAUUGAGACAGCAACUUGGAAAUGCAGAAACCACAGCUCUGCUUGCGAAAGCUGUUUACUUGAUCAACAUUGGAAUCAAUGAUUAUGAAAUCUCUUUGUCAGAAAAUUCAAGUAAUACACGCACGGCUGAGAAACAUGCAGAGAUGGUAGUUGGUAAUAUUACAUCAGUGAUCAAGGGGAUACACGAGGCAGGAGGAAGGAAAUUUGGUAUUUUUAACCUACCAGCUGCGGGUUGUGUUCCAUUCGUGAAGGCUUUGGUGAAUGGAUCAAAAGGUUCCUGCGUGGAAGAAGCCUCAGCACUGCCCAAACUACAUAACAGUGUGCUUUACCUGGAACUUGUGAAGUUAAAGAAAGAACUAGAAGGAUUUAAAUAUUCAUACGUGGAUUAUUUUACCAUAACUUUUGAUGUCAUAAACAAUCCUUCAAAAUAUGGGUUGAAAGAGGGUGACGUGGCAUGCUGUGGCAGUGGACCCCACAGGGGAUAUUACAGCUGCGGAGGUAGAAGAGAAGUGAAAGAUUACGAGUUAUGUGAGAAUCCAAAGCAAUACGUGUUCUUUGACUCUCUUCAUCCCACCCAAAGUGCUCAUCAGAUUGUUUCCCAGCUUGUCUGGAGCGGAAAUCAGAGUAUUGCUGCUCCCUACAACCUCAGAUCACUGUUUCAACCAUAAUAACGAUCCAACCAUCUUAUGUACACUAUCUAUCCAAAUAAUUUUAAUUUAAUUAAAUAAAUUAAUUGCU